AUGACAUUACACACGAUUUCCAACACACUUUCCACUAAAGUGCUUGCUUAUGCCGACGAUUUAAUUAUCUUUCUGAACGACUUACAAGGCCUACACGAAAUGAAGCGGUUGAUAACGGUGUACAACAACGCCUCCAAUGCAAAAAUAAACUUUGACAGUACUAUUGCUUUUUCUGCCUCCGGUCUACCUCCUUCUACUAGGACUUCUGCUUUAUACUCUUAUGGUAUUACUCGUUGGCACGAUCGCCGUUCGCCUGAACCACUUACCUACUUAUGCUACCCGCUAAUUCUUUCCAGCGCCCAAAUGGCCUUUUUCUGA